CAUCAGGCUGAAAUCCGGCCCACCCCCGAGACCAGCGGCGUGGUGAAUGUCCGGGGCCGUGCGCCAUGGCGGGUUCCGGGGGGGACCAUGAAGUUGAUUCCUGCCACCUGCCCUGAGCAACAUUCAGGGCUUGGAACCCUCUUUGAGCCGACGGACCGGGGGUUGCCCGGGGGGUUGCUGGUGUCCCCUGCCUUGGUGCAGGUGACCCGUGGCUUGGUGCAGAUCCCUGUAGUUAACGUCGGUUGUACGGACGUCCUGCUGUACCCUCGUACUAGACUCGGACAGGUGAAUGCUGUGUCGAUCAUCAGCUUGCCACGGGACGUGGUGGAAGUCCGUUCCGUGGCCGCCAUUACUGACCCUCAGGCGCCUGCCCCGUCGCCUUUGGAGACACAAAUCCGCGCAGUGGACUUGUUACCCCUGCCUGCCGAGGAACAGGCUGAGGUCCGGGCCCUGCUUCUGAGGUACUCUUCGGUCUUCUCCGCCCAUGAGGGCGACUUGGGUUGCACUUCCCUAAUCUCGCACGACAUCCCGCUGUUGGAUCCGACACCGGUCCGGCAGCGUUACAGGCGCAUUGCCCCCUCCGACUACGAGGCCGUAAAAACCCAUAUCAACCAGCUCCUCCAGGCGAAGGUCAUCAGAGAAAGCAGUAGUCCAUUCGCUUCUCCCAUUGUUCUAGUCCGGAAGAAGGAUGGGAGCUUGCGACUCUGUGUCGACUAUCGCCUGUUAAAUGCCCGAACUCGGAAAGACGCCUUUCCGCUUCCUCGGAUCGAGGAGACAUUGGACAUGUUGGCAGGUGCCCGCUGGUUUUCUACGAUGGACUUAGCCAGUGGGUACAACCAAGUCCCCGUGACAGAAGGUGAUCGGGCCAAAACGGCAUUCUGUACCCCCUUCGGGUUGUUCGAAUGGAACAGAAUGCCUUUUGGCCUGUGCAAUGCACCAGGUACAUUUCAACGAUUAAUGCAACGUAUGUUCGGCGACCAACAGUGUCAUUCCGUUCUACUGUAUCUUGACGACAUCGUGAUCUUCUCGUCCACCGUGGCGCAACAUCUACAGCGCCUGGAGAUGGUCUUGACCCGGUUGCAGUCGGAGGGGCUGAAGGCUAAAUUAGGGAAGUGCGCGUUCUUUAAGCCGGAGGUUCAGUACUUGGGACAUGUGAUCUCUCAGCACGGUGUCUCUACCGACCCUGGCAAGGUGGAGGCAGUGGCCACAUGGCGGCGACCUGCCAAUGUGUCGGAGCUCCGAUCAUUCCUAGGCUUCGCCAGCUAUUAUCGACGAUUCGUCGAAGGAUUCGCAAAGCUGGCCGCGCCGUUGCAUCGAUUGGUGGCCACCUUGAACGGGAGCCGUUCCCGUCAGCCCUCGGGGCAGCAGUUUCUUGAUGCAUGGUCAGAGGAUUGCGAAAGAAGUUUUGAGGAACUCAAGGGGAGGCUCGUGUCGGCGCCGGUACUGGCGUACGCGGACUUUAGCCGCCCAUUUAUUCUUGAGGUCGACGCCAGCCAUUGCGGACUGGGCGCGGUCCUCUCGCAGGAGGUGGACGGCAAAGUCCGACCGGUGGCAUACGCCAGUAGAACGUUAAGACCUACAGAGAGGAAUAUGAACAAUUACAGUUCUAUGAAGCUCGAGUUCCUCGCCCUAAAAUGGGCCGUCACCGAGAAGUUUCGCGAAUAUCUCUUGGGCCAGAAGUGUGUCGUGUACACUGAUAAUAACCCCCUGAGUCACCUCACUACUUCCAAACUCGGGGCGGUCGAACACCGGUGGGCCGCACAGCUUGCAUCAUUUGAUUUUGAAUUAAAGUACCGCUCGGGUAAAUCUAACGGUAAUGCGGACGGCCUGUCGCGGCAGAAUCAGCCAGACCAAGAAGACGUGAGUGACCUGGUUCCGGGUACAGCGGUCCCUAGAUUGCUGCAACAGCUGCAACCGGCCGCUGUCCCGGGGGGUAGCAUCACCGCCUCUCAGUUGGUUGUUUCGGUGCUGCCCUCCUACCCUUUGCCGGACCUGUGCGCUCUGCAAGAAGGAGACCCUGUUAUCCAGCCGAUUCUGGCCUUCUGGAAGGCGCGUCGGCGGCCUACUCGUGAGGAACGGGAAGCUCUGUCACCCUUGGCCUUGAUCCUGUUGCGGCAGUGGAAACGGUUUGUGGAGAACGAUGGAGUCCUUUACCGGAGAGUGCUACACCCCAGUGGCCGUGAUGAGUGCCUCCAGCUGGUUUUGCCGGCUGCCCUGCAAUCAGAGGUCCUAAACCAGCUCCACGAGCACCAUGGCCACCAGGGGAUUAAUCGAACACUGGAGUUGGUUGGGCAACGGUGUUACUGGCCCCGCAUGUUUGCGGAGGUGCGCCGAUGGUGUGAAAAGUGCCUUAGGUGCCAAGAGUCCAAAGGGGAGCCUCCUCUAGCCGCCGCGCAUAUGGGCCACCUACUGGCAUCUCGGCCCAACGAAGUGGUAGCUGUGGAUUUCACGCUUUUGGAGCCCACGUCGGGGGGGGUGGAGAACGUUUUAGUCAUCACGGACGUCUUCAGUAAGUAUUCCAUCGCCGUCCCCACCCGGGAUCAGCGGGCCUCGACGGUCGCCCAGGUCUUGCUUGUGGAAUGGUUCUACCGGUUCGGAAUUCCUGGUCGGCUCCACUCCGACCAGGGGCGCUGUUUCGAGGGCACCCUGAUUCAGCAGCUUUGCGGGCUGUACGGGGUCCAGAAGUCCCGAACCACCCCGUACCACCCGGCCGGGAACGGCCAAUGUGAGCGAUUUAACCGCACUCUACACAACCUCCUGCGUACCCUACCGGCCUCUCGGAAGCGCGACUGGGCAACUUGCCUGCCGCACGUAACCUUCUGUUAUAAUACCACCCCGCAUCAAGCGACCGGAGAAUCGCCACACUUCCUUAUGUUCGGCCAAGAGCCACAGCUACCCGUAGACUUCCUCCUGGGCCGAGUUCGGCCACCGGUCCAUGGUCGAGUGUGCGACUGGAUACAGGAGCAUCAGGCCCGGCUUCAAGUGGCAUUUGAUGGGGCUCGGGAGCGUUUGGCCGCAGCGGCGGAAUAUCGCAAGGACAGACACGAUGCACGGGUGAAGACUGCUGUUUUAGAAGUAGGGCAACGGGUAUAUGUACGCAACCUCGGCGUGCGAGGUCGAAAUAAAAUCCAAGAUGUGUGGAACUCCCAGGUACACAUGGUGGUGCGUACCCCUUCGGAGACCGGAGCCGUGUACACGAUCGCCCCCGUCAACGAUCCAACGAAGCUGAAGCACGUUCACCGCAGCAUGCUGAAAGGAGUGGUGGGCCCCCUGAUUGCGGUGUUCUGGUCGUUCACGAGGGCUUCCGUGGUCCCUGGGGUUCUUGGUAUGAAUGUUAUCGGCAAGUGUUAUAAGGAACUUUUUGGGCGGCACGGUCCCACGCUUUUCGAUCUCCCAUCAGUGUCAACUGCCCCUCGACCGGUGCUGAAAGCGCUGCAACACUGUCAUCAGGCUGAAAUCCGGCCCACCCCCGAGACCAGCGGCGUGGUGAAUGUCCGGGGCCGUGCGCCAUGGCGGGUUCCGGGGGGGACCAUGAAGUUGAUUCCUGCCACCUGCCCUGAGCAACAUUCAGGGCUUGGAACCCUCUUUGAGCCGACGGACCGGGGGUUGCCCGGGGGGUUGCUGGUGUCCCCUGCCUUGGUGCAGGUGACCCGUGGCUUGGUGCAGAUCCCUGUAGUUAACGUCGGUUGUACGGACGUCCUGCUGUACCCUCGUACUAGACUCGGACAGGUGAAUGCUGUGUCGAUCAUCAGCUUGCCACGGGACGUGGUGGAAGUCCGUUCCGUGGCCGCCAUUACUGACCCUCAGGCGCCUGCCCCGUCGCCUUUGGAGACACAAAUCCGCGCAGUGGACUUGUUACCCCUGCCUGCCGAGGAACAGGCUGAGGUCCGGGCCCUGCUUCUGAGGUACUCUUCGGUCUUCUCCGCCCAUGAGGGCGACUUGGGUUGCACUUCCCUAAUCUCGCACGACAUCCCGCUGUUGGAUCCGACACCGGUCCGGCAGCGUUACAGGCGCAUUGCCCCCUCCGACUACGAGGCCGUAAAAACCCAUAUCAACCAGCUCCUCCAGGCGAAGGUCAUCAGAGAAAGCAGUAGUCCAUUCGCUUCUCCCAUUGUUCUAGUCCGGAAGAAGGAUGGGAGCUUGCGACUCUGUGUCGACUAUCGCCUGUUAAAUGCCCGAACUCGGAAAGACGCCUUUCCGCUUCCUCGGAUCGAGGAGACAUUGGACAUGUUGGCAGGUGCCCGCUGGUUUUCUACGAUGGACUUAGCCAGUGGGUACAACCAAGUCCCCGUGACAGAAGGUGAUCGGGCCAAAACGGCAUUCUGUACCCCCUUCGGGUUGUUCGAAUGGAACAGAAUGCCUUUUGGCCUGUGCAAUGCACCAGGUACAUUUCAACGAUUAAUGCAACGUAUGUUCGGCGACCAACAGUGUCAUUCCGUUCUACUGUAUCUUGACGACAUCGUGAUCUUCUCGUCCACCGUGGCGCAACAUCUACAGCGCCUGGAGAUGGUCUUGACCCGGUUGCAGUCGGAGGGGCUGAAGGCUAAAUUAGGGAAGUGCGCGUUCUUUAAGCCGGAGGUUCAGUACUUGGGACAUGUGAUCUCUCAGCACGGUGUCUCUACCGACCCUGGCAAGGUGGAGGCAGUGGCCACAUGGCGGCGACCUGCCAAUGUGUCGGAGCUCCGAUCAUUCCUAGGCUUCGCCAGCUAUUAUCGACGAUUCGUCGAAGGAUUCGCAAAGCUGGCCGCGCCGUUGCAUCGAUUGGUGGCCACCUUGAACGGGAGCCGUUCCCGUCAGCCCUCGGGGCAGCAGUUUCUUGAUGCAUGGUCAGAGGAUUGCGAAAGAAGUUUUGAGGAACUCAAGGGGAGGCUCGUGUCGGCGCCGGUACUGGCGUACGCGGACUUUAGCCGCCCAUUUAUUCUUGAGGUCGACGCCAGCCAUUGCGGACUGGGCGCGGUCCUCUCGCAGGAGGUGGACGGCAAAGUCCGACCGGUGGCAUACGCCAGUAGAACGUUAAGACCUACAGAGAGGAAUAUGAACAAUUACAGUUCUAUGAAGCUCGAGUUCCUCGCCCUAAAAUGGGCCGUCACCGAGAAGUUUCGCGAAUAUCUCUUGGGCCAGAAGUGUGUCGUGUACACUGAUAAUAACCCCCUGAGUCACCUCACUACUUCCAAACUCGGGGCGGUCGAACACCGGUGGGCCGCACAGCUUGGGCGCUGUUUCGAGGGCACCCUGAUUCAGCAGCUUUGCGGGCUGUACGGGGUCCAGAAGUCCCGAACCACCCCGUACCACCCGGCCGGGAACGGCCAAUGUGAGCGAUUUAACCGCACUCUACACAACCUCCUGCGUACCCUACCGGCCUCUCGGAAGCGCGACUGGGCAACUUGCCUGCCGCACGUAACCUUCUGUUAUAAUACCACCCCGCAUCAAGCGACCGGAGAAUCGCCACACUUCCUUAUGUUCGGCCAAGAGCCACAGCUACCCGUAGACUUCCUCCUGGGCCGAGUUCGGCCACCGGUCCAUGGUCGAGUGUGCGACUGGAUACAGGAGCAUCAGGCCCGGCUUCAAGUGGCAUUUGAUGGGGCUCGGGAGCGUUUGGCCGCAGCGGCGGAAUAUCGCAAGGACAGACACGAUGCACGGGUGAAGACUGCUGUUUUAGAAGUAGGGCAACGGGUAUAUGUACGCAACCUCGGCGUGCGAGGUCGAAAUAAAAUCCAAGAUGUGUGGAACUCCCAGGUACACAUGGUGGUGCGUACCCCUUCGGAGACCGGAGCCGUGUACACGAUCGCCCCCGUCAACGAUCCAACGAAGCUGAAGCACGUUCACCGCAGCAUGCUGAAAGGAGUGGUGGGCCCCCUGGCCCCCGACACCCCCCCGGGGUCGGGCCGACCAGGCGAACCUACCCCUGUCGACUCAGGGGAGCUAUCGAGCGAAGAAGAUAUCCUUCUUGGGGAGCAGGUGGGCGAUGCUGACUUGGGUGUCCCAGCAGAGCCCCAUGCACCCCAGGGUGGCACCUCAGGAGGAAACGAAGGGCAGCGUCGGACUUCGCAGGCUUCCCCCAGCAGUUCGGCCGCUCAGCUACCCGGUCGUGGCACUAGCAGCAGCGAGGUGCCCCCACGCCGGACUUUCCGGUCUAACGCGGGACAACACUCUAAUCCCCAUCGGCUGCCUGGUGGGGCGACUUCAAACUCUUGAUGGAAUUUUGGAUCUGGGAGUGGGGGGGAAAGCGUACCUGCAUCGUCGGGCCGACGAUUCAACAUGUGGGGGGUAGAUUGUAAUGGAGCGCUGCUCCUUUAAGGGAGGUCUGACGCUGCGGCACACGUCACCACGCCGCUCGUAGAGGCUUAUGGGAAGUCUCUUCAUAAACACUGCCAGUGGCUAGUAUUCGGUAAGCCUGCAAAGUUCUCCUUUGCGCGUUUCAUCGCCACCGGCGAAUGCUGUGGUUGCUUCUCCCCUCGCCGUCGAGAGGAGUGCGGUGUCCAGUUCAGAUCUAGGAGAUGUGGACCAUUUCUUGUCCUCGUGAGUAUGUGGACCAUUUCUUGUCGCUGUUUAUGUGCUAGCCAGCAGCUAGUGGCUAACUUCGCGUCUGCUGUUCUAUAGGUUGUGAUUCCAACUUGGCGUCUCUUACUUGGCUAGAGUGAUCUCUUGCUUCUCCACUGGCAAGGACUUCGGUGGACAAUACCAACGGUUACCUUGCGCAUUUCCCGUCUCCUGCACGCCGCGUGUGGUCGCUACCGGCGCCUCGGCCGUGUACCUCUGUAUUGGCACUCCGACUGUGAGAAUCGCGCAUCGGUGCACCCUCAUCUCCGGGUAAGGUAACCUCUCGGCAGCAGAAUCGUGUCAUAGUGGGUGUCCUGCUAGCUUGGCUAACGCUCUCCUCCUCCCUCGCAGGUUGUAUCCGUGUGGCCGUGGUCAGACACACCACGCGUUUAGGUGCACGAGCGGCGACUUUUAGCCCCGGUUGUGUGGUGCCUCUGGAAGCCGGGAACCCGUAUCUCGGCUGCUGCUCCGGCCUCGGGAAAUCGGACAUUCGUGUGUGUGUGUGCGUUGGCGCGCUUUAGUUCAGUGUGUGUGUGUGUGUGUGUGUGUGUGUGUGGGCGCUCGGCUUGGUGUGAGCUGGUGUGUGAGCCAUUCCACAGUGUGUGUGCGUGUGCGUAAGUUGGUAUGUGUGAGUGUGUGUGUAGGUACCUAGGGGACUGCACUGAGCUGAGCCUCUGGGGUUUGGUUUACCUCCUGUUUUGAUUUUCGUUUUCUUUCGUUUGCUGUGCCUAAUUUCCUUUUUUUAUUAUUUCAUUCAAUUAUCUAAUUUCUAAUUUAACUGCAUGUGUUUAUUGGAUUUUGAUUUAUUUUGCAUGGUUUGCUGUGAUUUCUUCUUGUUUCUGUUUGUCGUGAAUUAUUUCUGUUUGUUGUGAACUAUUUCUUUACUUUUUCUUUUGUUAAUCCUGAGGUGUGCCAUUCGCCCUACUGUGUUAGCCGUGCCAGCCCCUAGUGGCAAAGCCUGACAACCUGAGUGUAAGUUCUAAGGCCUUGGGCCUACCAGGUGUGUUGUUUAUUGUGAAUUAAGGAACAUACUUUGGGGCAGGUGUUUACAGAUCCGCGGGUGUGGUGGCAGCACACCCACCCCUGCACUUUACUGUUAACGUGAACAUACUUUGGGGCAAGUGUUUAUCUAUCUGCGGGUGAUUGCGACAGCACACCCACCCCACUGCACUUUGUGAAUUGUGAGUACCUUUUUAUAUUUAUUGCAAAGAGUGAGAAAAAUAUAUUUUUAUAACGCACAGAAUAAUAAAGAUUUGAAUUAUUAA